AUGGACAUAAAGCUUAAGCCCCAGGUACCCACAUUUGUGGAAUCGGAUGAGCCAGUGAAAGAAAAUGAGCCGCAAAAUGCGAACCGUUCCUCGAAUACAGAUAACGAGCCAAAUAGCAAAGCCGGCAACGAAACUUACUCGAUACAAGACAUCGAGGUAGAGCAGAUUCUUCGUGGAAAACUGAAUCGCUGCAAAAAACUUGAAGAGCUUGCGCCCAUAGAAGCCUUGGCGAUUUUCAAUCGAUUGAUUGAUGACCUUGUCCAGUUGAGUAAAUUGACAUCGGGAGAGUCUAACGUAGACCUGGACUUGCUUUUAUUUACGCCCACAAAGAUUCACGACAUCGAGUCGAAUAUAUCUCAUGCAGUGAUACAAGAACCUGAGCAAGCAGUUGUAUCGAAGAGUCAGUUUGAAAGCGAUCAAGACAUUCAGGAAGAUCGAGAAAGGUACGAAAUUCCACUGAAAAUCAGUUCGAAAUUAAGGUUGAAUUUUGGCGACGCUUCAGUUCCUUCAGAUUCUGGAGCCUCGAACUUGAGAAGUGGGGAAGUUUUGGGCUACUGUCGAGACGAUAUGAAAACUAACGACCCCAGACUUGACCGCUACAUCCUUUGUAGGAAAUUACCAGAUACAGGACCAGCGAUAAUUAGAAAGUUUUACCUGAGAAAAGCUCCAUCACUUCAGAUACCGAGAUACCUUGAACGAAUACACCAUUAUGCAAACCUAUCUACGGCUACACUUUUGACUUCGGCAUAUUUUUUAUUUCAUUUGACUUUCAACCUGAAGGCUCCUUUAUCGUCAUCACUGCUUCCUUUCCAGCAGCCUCAAACACCUGAAGGGUUCGCAUGUAAAACUACAAUGCUUCAAAUAAAUGAGUUAAAUGCGUUCAGGCUUGUGCUUAGUGUCUUGCGCUUGUCUCUUAAAUUGAUCGAAGACAAAAAUUACAAGCAAAGCUAUUAUUGCAAAGUGACCGGACUACAAAGUGUGGAAGAGUUAUUCAAACUGGAGCUGAAUUUACUUUAUCUACUAAAUUUCGAUCUUUUUGUCAAUGAAAUCGCCUUGACGAGAUUCUUAUUCCAGUUCCAGCAAUUCGAUUCAAAUUUACAAAACAUUUUAAGUUAG